AUGAGAGAGAAUCUCUCCCCUUCGCCGACAGGUGUAGUGGCCAUUAUCCCACCCUGUUUGGAUGAGCAGGUUGUGCUAGAAAAAUACAAGCACCUCUGGGUGCCAGGCGAGCAAAGCGCUAACUCACCAGUCUGCAAUGCGAAGGAUGUCGAACUCUGGACGCCGACUUUUGUGCAGAUCCAUGUGAUAGACACACUGCGUGAUGAUGGAUUGAUCUACGAGAAACUGCUUCACGGCCAUGGCGUCGCUACUCGCCUAUAUGUUUAUCCCGGUAUGCCACAUGCUCAUUGGAUGUGGCCCGAGCACUCGUUGUCUACCAAAUCGCACAUUGAUGCCCUGUCUGGUAUUGGGUGGUUGCUUGGCCAGGAUCUUGAGAGAGAGGAGGUUGAGUGCCUCUGGAAUACGGCACCUUUGAUGAACAACGACAGCAUUACUCAUUGA